CAGCGACCGGGAUCCACCGGGCCGGGACCCACUAUGCCGGACCCCGCCGGGCGGGAGCCCACCGCAGAUUCGAGACCGGGACCCACUCUUCGACCUCACCCGACCCAGCAUCACCACCACGCAGGCCCAGGGAGCUUUCUUGGCGGGGCUGCUGCCGAGCCUCCUUCCGGGACAGGGUGGCCCGGGGCGGCGACAGUGCACGAGCAGGUUGCGGGCGCGGCCUCUCGAGAUCCCAGCAUGUCCGGGUAGCCGCUACGGCGCGGAAAAGCAAUUCCCCCGGCGAUGACCCACCGACCGAACAAAUUCCGUAUAAUCUCCCAGCAUCCUCGCCGGGCCCUUCCCAUGGACGGUACCCAAAAGGGCAAAGAAGUAGUCCCCGUCCGUAGGGCGGGUGAUGGUGUCGAUCGCGUCGCAUGUUGUCUAUCCGUCGCAGUAUAGUUAGUUUAGUGCACUACUCUAUAGAAGUAUGGCC